AUGGAUCAGAGGUUAGAGAAAUUAGAACAAAUGCAAAAGGAGAUGCAAGAGCAACUGCAAGCUCAGAUGCAAGAACAACUGGCUAGGAUCCAGCAGGAGAUGAGGGAUCAAAUGCUGGAGUCCCAGAAAAACAUGCUGGAGUCACAGAACAACAUGAUGAGCCAGCUGACACAGCUGUUGAGGGGAGGGUCUGACAAAGGAAAAGGCCCUAUGGGUGAUACUAGGAAUGACAACGAUGACUCUGUUUGUCCUACAAGCUUUGCCCCAGUAAACAUUCAAACACAGCCACCAAGGGUGUCUGUUAAUGUUAAAUCUCUGUAUCAAGCCUGCACUUCGGCACCGGUAAACUUUCUAACGGGCUCGUGCUCUAACUCUGGAGACAAUAUGGAAAAUCCCAUGAUCCUUGACUUCAAUGAGGUUGAAGGGGAAAAAGUAAAGGCGGAGCUUCCAAAGCAGCUCGAGGAUCGGUGCAAAUGGAUAGAGGAGAAGUUCAAGGAGCUAGAAAGUGCUGAUCAUUAUUGCGGAGUUGACGCAAAGGAACUCAGUUUGGUCCCGAACUUAGUACUUCCGCUGAAGUUCAAAAUGCCAGAAUUUGAAAGAUAUAAUAGAACCAGCUGCCCUGAGACUCACAUUACAAUGUUCUGCGGGAGAAUGACGGGAUAUGUCAACAAUGACUAUUUGCUGAUUCACUAUUUUCAGGAUAGUUUGACUGGGGCCGCAGCCAAAUGGUACAAUCAGUUGAGCCGUGCUCAGGUCAAAUCAUGGAAGGAUUUGGCACAGGCCUUCAUGAAACAGUAUGGCCAUGUGACCGAUGUAGCACCUGACAGGAUUACAUUACAGAACAUGGAGAAAAGGCCAGGUGAAAGUUUCAGGAAAUACGCCGAGAGGUGGAGGGAAGUCGCUACACAAGUCCAACCACCACUGCUGGAAAAAGAAACGACUAUGUUGUUUAUUAAUACCUUAAAGGCACCUUUCAUUAAUCAUAUGUUGGGGAGCGCAACUAAGAGUUUCGCAGACAUAGUGAUGUCUGACGAAAUGAUAGAAAAUGCAAUAAGGUGCGGAAAGAUAGAAAUAAGGGAAAGUACGAAAAGGUCAGCCUCGAAGAAAAAGGAAAACGAGGUAAACAAUGUGAGCUCAGGCUAUUCAAAACCUGUCACCGUUAGCCAAUCGAGAACGGUAGUCACAGGCCAACAAGCUUCACCAAGGCAAGAGCCCAGCACCAGGAGAGAUACGGAGAGGAUACAGUUUACCCCUAUCCCAGUGACAUAUAAGGAGCUGUACAAAAGCCUAUUCAAUGCACAUGUUGUAGCACUAUCCUAUCUAAAACCGUUGCAGCCUCCAUACCCCAAGUGGUAUAACGCAAAUGCUCAGUGUGAAUACCAUGUGGGGACUGUGGGGCAUUCAAUAAAAAGCUCAAAAGGAAAACCUUUAGGCAAGCUGUUGCUUGUGCCCACGCCCAGCGCACCACCACCGCACGUCGCUCGCCUCCACCGAGCCGUACGCUCCACUACUAGCCCACAUCAGAGACGUGCUUAA